AUGGACGAGCAGCCCAUUCACCUCACUUCGAACCCGGCCGAGAUGGCCAAGCUGGACAGCACAGAUCAGGCUCGCCUCAUUCUUGCUCGACUCAUGGAGGGCGGCCAGGAAGACGAUGAGACCUGUCAAGCUUUCGAUCGGCUGACCAAGCUACUGAACGACGACGCUGCCACCGCCAACAAGGACAGCUCCAUCUGCAACGUCAUUGACGACGUUUGUGUCGACACCAUUAUGAGUUAUCUCGACAUGAGGCAGGCCGAUAUGGUUCGAGGCCAUGCCGUUCUGACCGCCUCGGCCUACCUCAAGGCCGCUGGCGACGGGGGAUCCAGCGCUCUCCGGAAUUUCUUCUUCGACCGCAUCAAGAGGGGCACAUACGAUGACUACAUCGUCGCCUUCUGUGUGGCGGCCGCCAUCUUCCCCGUUGCUCCAGACAUGACGGCCAAGAUGUUUCUGAGCGAGGGCUUCUUGCCUAGCCUCGACUCCCUGAUGAGGAGAAAGUGGAAGAGCCGCAAGGUCGAGACGGCUUGUUUGGAGAUGCUGAAUGCGGCGUCUAUGAACUCGCAAUGUCGGGAGGCUAUCCAGAAGUACUGCAGUGAUUGGCUGGAGGAGGUCGUCGACCAGGAUCCCGAGGAGCUGUCAAAGGCCAUACAUUCAGCAGACCCCGACCUCCAUGCCACCCAGGGUUCCAUCGCAAUGCGAAGACACUCCGAGGCAGUCCAGCAUCUGGCCGCGGUCAUCUUGGCAAAACUGAGGGCAGUACCGUCGACACCGCAGACGAAAGAAGGCACCGACAACAGGAUCCAAGCGGCGAACACGAGCAUCGAGGACCUUACCAGGAAAUUCACCACGAUGCUGCUUACAGAUCCCGAUAAUGGCAAGCGACAUUCGGUAGAAGGUCUCGCUUACGCUACCAUUCAACCCGCGAUUAAGGAAGAGGUUGCCCACAGCAAGCAGCUUUUGAAAACUCUUGUAAAGGUUCUCGGUGAUGCUCCAGCAAAGUCACCUCUUACGUAUGGCGCCCUGAGCAUCUUCAUGAACCUUACUCGCUACCAACCGGCCCAGACGGACGAGGAGAAGAAGAUGAGCCAGCUCAAGGCUUAUGCGAACGCAGCCGGCAAGCUCGCGCCAACCAACCCGCUCAACGACAACGAACACGUCUCGCAACGGUGUAAGCUAGUCUUUGACGCCGGUAUUGUGCCGGUCUUGGUGACGCACAGUAGGCACGGCUCUGUGGCAUCCCUCUCGAUCAUCAUAUCCAUUAUCUUCGCUCUGUCGGUCACUACCAGCCUCAGGGGCCAGCUCGCCCAGCAAGGCGCUGUUAAUCUGAUGGUUGCGGCAUGGACAGCAUUGCCAGACACCGAAAUGCAGGCGAAACGCAGCGCAGCGCAGGCACUUGCCCGCAUACUAAUCAGCACAAACCCAGCCCUGGUCUUUGGGGGCACGCGUGCCCGGCCGCAGAAUACUGCUAUUCGCCCACUGACGUCCAUACUGCCUCCAGAUCCUGCCGCUGACACGCGCGACCUGCUACCGACCUUCGAAGCCCUGAUGGCUCUCACCAACCUCGCGUCAACAGACGAUGACACGCGAACGACGAUCAUCCGCACUUCAUGGCCGGAGAUCGAGGAGCAACUACUAUCAUCCAACCAUCUGGUCUCUAAAGCCGCCGUGGAACUGAUCUGCAAUCUGGUACAAUGCGUAGAGGGCAUUGCACUAUAUGCAGCCGACACUCCGCAGGCGGCCAAUCGGCUGCAUAUUCUUUUAGCGCUUGCCGACGCUGAGGACGAAGGGACACGCAGUGCCGCUGGAGGUGGGCUGGCGUCUUUGACAGCGUACGAGGCUGUCGUGAAAGGUAUUGUGAAGAGAAAGCGAGGAGUGGAGGUCGUGCUCGGCAUGUGCAGCGAGGAAACCGAGGACUUGCGGCACCGAGGCGUCGUUGUCGUUUUCAACAUGGUCUCGUGUGAAGGCGAGGCUGGCAAGAUGGCACGCAAGGAAAUGCGGGAGAAUGAUGGAGUAGAAGUGCUCAAGGAGUGUGCGAGAAAGAGCCGCAGGGCCGAGGUUGUAGAGGUGACUAUACAGGCACUGAAGGUCCUUCUCGAAGAGGAAACGUAG